AUGGAGCCAAAGGAACGUCUGCGAGCUCAGAUCAAAGUUCUUACUGGUAGGUGUACUUACUAUACACGAUUUAGGUCCUAUAUGUUCUUGUUUUAUGGUUAACAAGCUACAAAGUCGCUCAACAUCCUGCUCAUUUUUUGUGAGGAGGAGAACUUGAAUCUUUUCUAAAUUUAUAUUAUAAUAUUUUAUCUUUUCAGAAAGAGUCGACAGGCAUGUGGAAUUGCCGAAUUAUGGUUUUGGAAAUCCAGCGCUGAGCGACUUCAAAAUCCGAGCUAAAGACAAGACCUUUUACGUAAGACAAUACAUAUUUUAUCGAUUUUUGUUGCAAAUUUAGGUAUCAAAAUAUCAGCUGGCUGUGAAGUCCAGAGUGUUCGCAAAAAUGUUCGAGGUUGACAUGAAUGAGAAGAAAGAAGGUGUAAUGAAGCUUGAUGACGACCCCGAUGUUGUUGAGGCCAUGUUGAAAUACAUGUACAUGUACAAGAAAGUGGAGGGAAUAGAGUUGGCGAGGAAAGUUGUUCAACUGGCUCAUCGUUACGAGAUCGAUGAACUAAAGGUCAGUACAAAGGGUUUAUCAUCGCCAAUUUGCUUUGAAAAGGGCAAUAAAAACACCCAAAAAAAACCAAAAGUCAUGCUUUAAUUAACUGGUAAAUAAGAGUAAAGGGUCAUAAAAAAUAGCAUUUUAGGAUCAAUGUGAGCUCGACAUGAUUCGAGGUUUGAAGGAGAAGGACGCAGAAGACAUUCUUAUGUUCUCUUGGGAACUCAAGCUUUCUACUUUAUAUUUGCAUUGCAUUGACGUCUUAAAUAACAACUUCGAUGGAUUUGAUCAUGACAUUACGUUCAAUUGCGACUAA